UUCGCUCCGCCGGAACAGACAGAGACCGAGAGGACAGGGAGCCGCCGCUUCGCCAGCCAUGGGCGUCACCAAGGAGGACGUGGAGGCCGCCGUCGCCGCCGCCCUCAGCCCGGCCCAUCUCGUGGUCACCGAUACAUCCGGCGGAUGCGGCGCGAGCUACGAGAUCGAGGUGGUGUCGGACAAGUUCGAGGGGAAGCGGCUGCUGGAGCGGCACCGGAUGGUCAACACCGCGCUGGCGCCCCACAUGGCCGAGAUCCACGCCGUCUCCAUCAAGAAGGCGCUCACCCCGGCGCAGGCCCAGCCCCAGCCGGAGCCUGCCGCCGCUGAAAAGGCGCAGCCUUGAUUUCGCUCGCUCCAAGGUCCAAGCACAAUCGUCUCUGCCUGAAUAAUGUAGUAGCAGAUGCAUUUGCAGAACUGGAACUUCCGUAGUACUGAUGCUCUAUGCUGCUUAACUGAUUGGAUUUCACUGUCUGCUUGCUGUAAUGGGUUUCAUUGAGACCGCGUUGCAUCAUGUCCCUGAAUUAUGCCAUAUAUGGUACACGGUGUGCUGAUUCUGAUUA